ACCCUCUGCUUGUCACACUGAUCUCACACACUCUCCGCUGGACUUGGGGCUACUACUUGCUGCAUCUGAAAGGCUGAAACUCUCUGGGAAUAAAGAAUCCUUGUAACAAUGCCAGAACCCACCAAGAAAGAUGAAACUGAAAAUGAAAGUGCACCGCCACCUCCAGAACAAAAAACACCACAGGAGGGUGGAAAUGAAAAGGGUAAAGUAUGGUCUCUUGGAGAAGGAGCUCCAGAGGAUUCAGAAAAGCGUGAUGACGCCCAAAGAUCCACUUUAUUCAUCGAGAAACCUCAGAGUGGAACAGUGAGUGUUGGUGGGAAUAUUACAUUUAUAGCCAAAGUAGAAGCCAAAGAUCUUCUCCGAAAGCCAAAUGUUAAGUGGUUUAAAGGAAAAUGGAUGGAUCUGGCCAGUAAAGCGGGGAAGCACCUGCAGCUGAAGGAGUCCUUCGAGCGUCACACUAAGAUUCAUACAUUUGAGAUGCAGAUCAUCAAAGCUAAGGAAAACUAUGCAGGGAACUAUCGCUGUGAAGUGUCUUACAAGGACAAAUUUGAUAGCUGCUCUUUUGACCUUGAAGUCACUGAAUCUUCCCAAGCUGCUCCAUCCAUUGACAUCAGAUCUGCUUUCAAAAGAAGCGGUGAAGGACAAGAGGAUGCAGGAGAACUUGACUUUAGUGGUCUCCUGAAACGUAGGGAGGUGAAGCAGCAGGAGGAAGAGCCCGAGGUGGACGUGUGGGAUCUGCUGAAGAACGCGAAUCCCAGCGAGUACGAGAAGAUCGCUUUCCAGUACGGCAUCACCGACCUGAGGGGGAUGCUGAAGCGGCUGAAGCGCAUGCGCAGGGAGGUGAAGAAGAGCGCAGCUUUUGCCAAAGGCCUCGAUCCUGCAUACCAGGUGGACAAAGGAGGUAAAGUAAGAUUCAUGGUGGAGCUAGCAGAUCCAACAGUGGAGCUCAAGUGGUAUAAAAAUGGCCAAGAAAUACGACCAAGUGCAAAAUACAUUUUUGAGCACAAAGGAAACCAGCGAAUUUUAUUCAUCAAUAACUGCACGAUGACGGACGAUGCUCGCUAUUACGUAACAGCUGGUGAUGAGAAAUGCUCCACAGAACUGUUUGUGAGAGAUCCUCCAAUUUUGGUGACCAAAGGCCUGGAGGACACCAGCACCUAUGUUGGUGAACGAGUAGAGCUGAGCUGUGAAGUGUCUGAGGAUGAUGCAAAUGUGAAAUGGUUUAGAAAUGGCGUAGAACUUUCCAACGAUCCUAAAUCUCGGUAUCGAAUUAAGGUUGAGGGUAAAAAACACACUUUGGUCAUAGAGGAAGCUGCCAAAAAUGAUACUGCAACUUACUCAGUAAUGACAACUGGAGGGCAAUCAGAAGCCAAGCUUUCAGUUGACUUGAGACCUCUGAAGAUAUCACUUGCACUAGAAGACCAGACUGUGAGGCUGGGACAGGAAAUCCACUUGAAGUGUGAGAUAUCUGAGAAUGUGGAAGGGAAAUGGUACAAAAACGGGCAGCUGAUUGAAGCUAGUGACCGUGUAAAGCUUUAUCACAAAGGAAGAAUCCACAGAUUUGUUAUACCAGUUUCUGCUGUUGAUGAUGAGGGUGAAUACAUGUUUGUGCCAGAUGCCUACAACAUCAAUAUUCCAUGCAAAGUACAUAUUGUGGAUCCUCCUAAACUUCACCUGGAUGGUCUUGGGGAAAACAACACUGUGACAGUAGUGGCAGGAAACAAACUACGACUUGAGAUCCCCAUCACUGGUGAACCACCUCCAAAAGUCUUUUGGAGUAGAGGGGACAAGAUGGUCACAGACAGUGGAAGAAUUCGGGCAGAAUCGUACCCAGACAGCAGCUGCCUGGUCAUUGAUGCAGCUGAGAGGGAGGACUCGGGUCCUUUCAGAAUCACCUUAAAGAACGAGGCUGGAGAGGACACAGCCCUAAUCAACAUUAAAGUGGUUGAUGUUCCUGAUCCUCCUCAGGCACCAAAUGUGACUGAGGUGGGUGAAGACUGGUGUAUUAUGACCUGGGAACCUCCAGCAAAUGAUGGUGGAUCACCCAUUCUAGGAUAUUUCAUUGAGAGGAAAAAGAAACAAAGCUCCAGGUGGAUGAGGCUGAAUUUUGAACUGUGUAAGGAAACAACUUUUGAGCCAAAGAAAAUGAUUGAAGGUGUUGCUUAUGAGGUCCGUGUGUUUGCUGUCAAUGCCAUCGGCAUGUCCAAGCCAAGCAUGCCUUCCAAGUCCUUUGUUCCUUUAGCUGUUACCAGCCCCCCAACUCUGCUGGCAGUGGACAGCGUGACCGACACCUCGGUGACAAUGAAGUGGAGGCCCCCAGACCAGAUUGGGGCGGCAGGGCUGGACGGCUACGUGGUGGAAUACUGCUUUGAAGGAACUGAUGAAUGGAUCGUGGCUAACCCAGAGCUGACAGACAAAACAAAGUUUACCAUCAAUGGCCUUCCGACUGGCUCGAAAAUCCUUGUGAGAGUAAAAGCUGUGAAUGCUGCUGGAGAAAGUGAGCCCAAGUACCACCCACAGCCUAUUUUAGUCAAGGAAGUGAUAGAACCUCCAAAGAUUCGUCUACCAAGACACUUAAAACAAACCUAUACUCGAAGAGUUGGAGAAACUGUGAAUCUUGUUAUUCCUUUCCAGGGAAAACCAAGGGCGAAAGUGUCAUGGGAGAAGAACGGUUCUCCAAUCGACAAGAACGACAUCAACAUCCGCAACACGGAGCAGGACACCAUCAUCUUCAUCCGGAAGGCAGAGCGGGGCCACUCCGGAGAGUACGACAUGAAAGUGGAGGUGGAGAACCUGGUGGACAAAGCCACGAUAGACAUUCAGAUCGUUGAUCGCCCAGGCCCACCAGAGGUUGUGACUAUUGAGGAUGUCUGGGGAGAGAAUGUGAAUUUAUCAUGGAAGCCACCAAAAGAUGAUGGCAAUGCUGCCAUUACUGGGUACACUAUUCAAAAAGCAGAUAAGAAAAGUAUGGAGUGGUUCACCGUGAUCGAGCACUACCACCGCACCAGCGCCACCAUCAACGAGCUGGUCAUAGGCAACGAGUACUACUUCAGGGUCUUUGCUGAGAACAUGUGCGGCCUCAGCGAGGAUGCAACCAUGACCAAAGAGAGUGCUCUGAUUGCAAAGGAUGGUAAAGUCUACAAAUACCCCGUUUAUGAUGACUUUGACUUCAGCGAGCGGCCGCUGUUCACUCAGCCCCUGGUGAACACGUUUGCUGUGGCUGGUUACAAUGCCACCCUGAACUGCAGUGUCCGGGGCAACCCCAAGCCCAAAAUAACGUGGAUGAAAAACAAAGUGCUCAUCAUGAAUGACCCAAGGUACAGGAUGUUCAGCAACCAAGGUGUGUGUACCUUGGAGAUCCGCAAACCCAGCCCCUACGACGGAGGCACUUACACCUGCCGAGCAGUCAACGAGCUGGGAGAGGCAGAAGUGGACUGCAAACUGGAAGUAAGAGUUACACAGUAAGGAUUUUUGAAUGUAUAUUGUCAUCUAAGGUGGGCUUUCAUUCUUCAAGCUAUUAAUGGAUGGAGUGCCUCCGCACAUCAUUGACUCGUAUAUGCGUGAAGUGCAGGCAGACAAAACUGAAGGGAAGUGAGAGUCCGUCCACAGUACUUCCUCCCACUGCACUGGAAGCUGGUAGCAGAAUAACAACAUUUUAGCUCUUGCAACAACAGAAAAACAUGUGCGGUGGGGGAUUUUAUGACUUUUUUUCUUUUCCUUAAUUGUCCUUUUGUUUUCCCUACCUGCUCUUACUGAAAAGAAAGAAUUACGCAUGGAUUGCUUUGAGGUUGAAAUGAAAUGAACUGAAGACAACACACGUUUUGUAAUGUUCGGCUUUAUUUUGUUUGAUAUCGUGUUCUGUUUUUUAAUGAGGAAAGAGGGGAAGCUGUGUAACAAGCAUAAGGAGGCAGUCAGUCUGUUCUUAGUGGUACAAAGCAUAUCUUUCUCAGACUGGAAGAACAUGGAUUAGCCAGUAGAUGUGCAAUAAGAUCCUUGGAAUACAUACCUCUGAUAAUGUAUCUUAUUCACCUGAGAAUUGUUUAACAGAAUAUGGUUUUACUAUAAUGUAACUAAUGCAUAUGUAAUUAAUGAUCAUUUAAGCUGAACAUAUCUUCCUAUAGAAGUUUUGAUUUCCUAAAUCCAACCCAUUGGUCUCUCAACUUAACUGAAAUUGUUUUAUUUAAUGUACAAUAAACAUGAAGUGUUUAAGAUCUAUUAAGUUCU